AUGGUCUUUUGCUCUUAUAGGGUUUUUCGAAGGCCAAAUAGAGCAACAAGUUGGGGGACAGAGGAAACCAAAUAUGGAGGCAUAGGGAGACUUCCGGUCUUAUCCCAGGCCCCUGCUGUCGUAAAAGACAUCGUAAAAAGUCGCACUCACAGGCAUUACUCCAGUGGCCUGAAUAACUAGUAAGUGAAAUAUGUUAGUUUUUUGUUUCAUUAUUCACAUUCCAAAAAGUAAUCUCGUUCCCAGAUAUCACACUGACGCUAAAAGAUGAGGGACCUGGCCUCGAGAAUUGGGUAAAUGAUUCAAUUAACUUUGGCCUUAAAUCCACAGUUAAUGAAUAUUAUUUAAAAAAUGAAAAAAAAAAUAUUUACAAUCUAACACACCUAAGGACAAGGAGGACCUAAGGAGGACCUGUCGCUUAAAGAACGUUGUACAGCGUUCCUAAGCAACGAUGACCGCGAAUUGUUUCGACCUAAUAAGACCGAAUCAGUCUUGAGCCCAGAAGUCGCGCACUGGACUCCGCGUAAAUCUGAUGCGCAGUAGAGAAGAGCUCUGCAUGGGGUCCAGAAUGAGGCCGAAGCAGCUGUUCACGGACGGCUAUGCGCAUGCUUAAAGGACGUGUGCCACGAAAUUUUUCAAAAUCCUAACAAUAGGAACUGCUAAAAAUUGAGUGAAACCACUGCUAAAAAGGUCAAAAGAAGGUGUAAAUAACACAGGAACUGCAAAAGAAAGCACGGAUGGACAAUCCUGAAGAAGAUUAAAACGGAUUGCAAAUGGUUUUUGAAAACAUGUUAGCCUAAAACUGCCUGUUGUUUAAUUUGUAAUGUUUGAAAUGAUGCUUGGGAGAAGCCGGGUCUAAAGUACAGGUCACAUUCCACAGGUAAGAGUACAGGUCAUUGCUCCAUCGAUAAAUUACCAAGCCACACGGAUUCUCCUCGAUCUAAUUGAGCAUUUUGUUAAGAGAUUAGGGCUUGGAGACACAUUUAAAACUGUUCAUUUAUCUGUAUCGUGGUGACCUGUACUCUGACCCGUGCAGGAAAAAUGACCUGUAUUUUAGACUCACAGCUUGGGAGACGUAUCUGUUUGAAACAAAGCUGUUGUUUUCGUUCACAAGUAAAUUUAUCACGUUCCAUAGCGAAUAACGACGCGUAACUGGCACAAUCAACAAAAUAAACUAGACAGCCGUAGCACAGAACUCCUUUAAUGAACAAGCGCAUACCACAGCGAACUGAAGACGUGUGUUGCUAUGUGAUCAAUUUUAUUUGGCUUUUCUCCUUUUUAGUAAUGCUUGUAGCCAACCUUAUGCUGUAACAUCACUGUCUCUCAGCGGCUGCAGGAUAAACGAUCAGUUGUAAGUGUAACAGUACAUUUUCUCCUUUUGGACGAAACACUGAUAUAUACCAACGUCUUAAAAUUAUAUUGGACAGGCAAUCAUCCCAUCUCGUCAAACAUGUGGGUAGAUAUUCAGUAUACAACUUGUACUCGCCCCUAGAAGGGAAUCCAAGUCAGUCUUGGAUUCUGAAUUCCACACCAUGGAUUCCGGCUUCCAGGUGCUGUAUUCGGGAUUCUUUAUCACUGGACCUUGGAUUCCGGAUUACAAUCGUUAUUGGGAUUCCGGAUUCCUUGAGCUGUAUUCCGGAUUCCAAAGCCCAGGAUUCUGGAUUCUACAAGCACAAAUUUCCGGAUUCCCGAUUCCUCAACCAAAAAUUUUCCGGAUUCCGAUUUCCGCAAUCCGAAUUCCUUUGCACAGGGAGAAAGCACGCUCAAUCUACAUAUCAAUCGUUCAAUGUCACUUGUUCACACUGAAUGAAGUCGACAUCAUCUGCCUGGACAAAUUAAAUGGAGCUUGAUUUUAAAAGAGCGGCUACCUUUCAGCCGCUUUUGUAUAGUUUGAAGAAACCUGAAGAGAUGUGUUUUUCUGUUUUAGUUGAAAACCUCUUGCUAAUCCUGUCUUCUUUUCGUUAACGUAAAUAACCAUCCUAAUGCCUGCAUUAAACGUGGGGCCUUUUCUGAUGACAUAGAUAAAUAACGGCAUCAUUGUGACUUCAAUUUGAAUGACAAUACCUUUCCCGUCUUUUUGCAGGUUACCGGCACCACUGGAUACAGAGUAAGUUCCUGAUAUGCCAAUGGGCCGGCAUUGUGUAGCAACGGUGGCCUUGGCAAGAAAAGAUUAAAAAGCAAUAUCUUAUUGAAUAUGAAUGAGCUGAAGAUAGUUUUGGGCUCUGAAAUGUCUGACAUGCUAUUCGUAAAGUGAGAAAGGAGUUUUAAUUUCAUUUUAUGUGGUUGAUGUAAGCUAAAAAGGAUCAUACAAAAUACUCACAUGAAAUCAGGAAAACUGGGUGAGAAAUCAAGAAAACAAAACAGUGAAAAAUAAAACCCAAUGUUAAAAACUGUAAUUCAAACGAAAGUUUAUCUAAAAGAAAAAUGUCUCGAUUUAUUAACACAGAAUGCUAAAAGCAAUCUUGUUUCAGUCAGUUAGGUGGGAAAACUACACGGGCAGGACUCGAUUCGGCCCAACCGAAGAAAGCGAAGGAGCCGAAAGAACUGGGUUUGCUACCACCCCACAAUCAUGACUGAUGGCAGUCUAUAUUAAUAUAGCUAUUUUGCUUCGCUCUAGACACGAGAAAUUAGAUGAACCAUGGCCUGGACAUGCCUACACCUCGCACAUCUGUCGGUGUGACGUUUUCCCUAGAUUCGACCCAGAGCGCACCAAAUUUGAUGGUAUAAGUAAGUUUAGCAACAAGUUGCCCGGCAACUUUUCGUCAAACUUUGUGAUUUUCGGCAACUUUUAAAAUUCUUGCCAACUUUUUAUUUUUUUUAUCAUUUUUAAAAUUAUUUUUUACUUUUUUCGCAAUUACCAAUGCCAGCUUGGUGUUGCACGCCCGUCCACGAGGUCCGCGGUAUCACAUGAAACGUUUUUCAAGAUGGCGGACAACACUGUCAUUGAUGAAGGCCUAUCGGCCUAUUGAGGAAGCUAAAAUUAAGGCUGGCGGCAAAUCUCGCUACCACCGAAAAAGCUCAAAUAGCUAGAGAAAGAACCGCAAUAAAACCAACAUCAAGUGCAAACAAGUAAAAAAAAUAGCAACUAUUCGGCAACUUUCAAAAUAAAAUAGCAACUUUUGAACACUUUAAGCGCUGUCUAUAUAGAGGAGGCCAAAAUCGGUAAAUGGAAUGAGUAGGGAGAUGACUCAAGUUUCUUUCCUUUUUUUCUCUUCAGUUUCCUCUCAACGGAAACUCAAACAGGUAAGCUGUGGACUAUUUGCAGGUCGACUUUUCUCUAAAAAUCCGUCUAUAGUUCUUAUCCCAGUCAGCACGAUUGCUGACUACGCCCCCGUUUAUUGCGUGCGUGAGUUGCUCGUGUUGUAACUUUGCAACGAAAAUAAAAGACUGCUCGUAGUCUAGGCAAGAUAAAAGAAUCUUAUUGCGAUUCAGCAGCAAGUAGCAUGUUUGCAUCCAUUAGAAUAGUUUUUGAAAUCAACUUAAAAAUUAGGGUUAGAGGAAAAAAUUCAAAUGUAGAUUGUAGCUGUAAAGAUGAGUACGUAAAACUAGCGGCAUCUUUGGGGAGAAGAGUACGGCGGAGCAGGGUUUAUGCGGAAAGCCAAGAGAGGGAGAGGAUCGAGCAGUUGAAAGGGAAGGGAAAAGGGAGGUUAGAAUUGAAGGUACUGAACAAGAUGAAGAGAGGGGUAAGCUCCACGUGCGAUAUCACGUACGCAAUUCAGCCAAAUUUGACUUGAGCAACUGUUUACCAAAUUAAGUACGUGAGUGAUAAAAAGAACAAGUUAAAUCAUGGGAAGAGGCACUUUACCACUACACCAAUACAAAAGAAAAGACAGACGGGCAAAACUCAAGAAGGUUUAAACGGAUUUUAGCUGUUUUUUAAAACUGUUCAGCGGCCCAGAAGUUGUUCAGAUUAUCUCUGUUGCUAGUUUCAUUGUAUUAUAAAGCUUAGAAGACUCAUUUUUUUGUCAUAAAGCUGUGAUUGUGUCGUUUUAGAACUGAGUAGUUUCCAGAAUAUACUUAGCCUUGAAAUGAAACAAAUUAGGCUAAACUAGUGUGACGCAGUACCUUUAAGUCAAAAGAAAAGUCAUAUUGAAAGUGUCCUUUUUUCCGAAAACCACUUCAAUAGUGAUUUAAUUUGUGAAACUUUUAUUACCUGGUCUGCCUGAUCAGGAUGCCACUGAUUUCGUGUAUGCUUUUCCUUAGCAACUUCUCCCUUCAACUGAGGACGCAUUGGAGAAACUGUCAUACUCAAUCUACAGCACUUCAGUGUACCAGGAAGCAAUAAAGGAUAAUAAGCACAGCCCGAAUCAAAGUGGGGAGGCGUGUGAAGACAACGUAGUUAGUAUUCGUAACAAAGAAAACACUAGUUUAAUUGAAGUGGAAGAUUGGGAAGUGAAAGAUCAAGAAGAGAUCGUAGGAAAAACUGAAAAUGAAGAGGAGCAGGUCGAGGUAAGCUGUAACUGGUUGUCAUCCAAUAGCUUCUUUUACAAAUAGUUAGAUUACGGGUAAGAAUUUCAUUCAUAAUCGACGGCUGUGUCCCUAGUUUUGUAUAAGUUCGGAGAAAGUUUCCCUCAGAAAAACAACUUCAAUACAUUUUUUUAGGACCUUUUCUUGAGCCAGGGUGGCCAUAGGUGCGUCUCUCAAACGCCACAAAAAUGACAACUUCGCGAUCGAUUAAGCGACAAUCGGCCGAGCCAGCCCUGCGCAGUUGAGAUCUCGAUGCGGAGGUGCCGGUCCGCCUCGCAGAGCUGAAAAUAUUCCAGGUGAUCGGGAUUUAUAAAACCAAGGGAAGACAUAAAUAGAGGUUAUAGCGAACCAAAUGUAAUGAGAAUCGUCACUUGUCUCUUGGUAUCAUUUGGUACACUCUUCCGGGGAAGUGGCCACACAAACCUUUUGAGUCAAAGUUGGCUUCGUCCUGGACUAACUCGCCUGAAUUAUAAAUACAGUACUAGGCUUAUAGUGGUCUCCAUGAACCGGCCAAUUUCACUGUGUAGUGGGCAGAUAAAUAUUAUAAGGAAAGCCUAUGAGAAAAACUUUAAAAAAAAUCUGAUCAUCAUGAGCCAUGAGGUGUGACUGUGUGAGAUCGUAAUACCUAAAACAUUACCUUCUGUUAGUAGUAAGUUUGAUUUCUUGCUUUUUCUAAAAGAGGAAAAAUGAUACAAAAAUAUCACAUUUUUUUUCUGUGGCAGGGAAACCUCAAAAAAGGACUUCCUAAGAAUCGACCUAAUAACCUGGAAGAUAACGAUGUGGAAACUCAACCACAUUUGUCAGUGGUCUGGCCCAUUUGGCCAGUUGGUCUCGACGAUAUGCGCAGAACACCGCUAAACUUUCCCAAAAUACCACUUCCCACUUAUGCUCCGCAGGAUUUCACGAAGAUCAGUCAAAUGCCCAGCAAAGAAACCACUCAAAACAUUCAAGGAGGUUCAGAAGAAAACAGCCCAAAAUGUGGCUCACUGGAAAGUACUAAAUACGAAAAUUGGAUUAGAACUGCUAGUAAAUAUAUUCCUGCGUUAACUGCGUAUAACUCGAGCAGUUUAGAUUUUGGUGAAAUGAAGCAUCUCAGGUUCUCUAAUCCAGAACAUAAAAACUUGAACGAAUUGGGUCAGGUUCGCGUUGGUCUCCUACCAGUCAAGCAUCUUGCUGGAGUUGAUUACGUUAAGCUUCCCUUGAUUCCAAGCAAACAAACAAGAGAGCGAUCCCAUGAGCCUCCACAAAGGAAAUUGCACUGCACGACGGAAAUGCUGGGAAUACGCUUUAAGACUGAUGCCCAUAAAAGGUAAUGACGCAAGUAAAUUAGAUGAAACUGAGGGGCAAUUCCCCUCUUUUUCGCCCCUGAAGUUGUCAAUCAUUGCAGGAGUUUCAUCCCCGCUACGUUUUUGUCAAAUUUGUCCCUUUGAGUUGAAUCUGUAGCUGUAACACACAUCAAAGAAUCGAAAUGAUUAAGUGCAAAAGAUGCUACCUCAAGCAACCAAAACAUCGAAAGUAAAGCGAUACAUGCGCUUAACCAGUCCCAAGCGCGGCAAAACGCAGGUAAAUUUGUCGCUGGUGCUAAAAGCGGGAAAACAUAAACCUGAUAUCAAGAGAGAUAUCAAGAGAACGAAUCCCUAGCUAUGCCCCAUGAUAAUUAUUUGAGGUGUUUUUCAAGUUCGCUCGCGUACUGCAAAGGUUAUUUUUGACUGUUGUUUCCGUGACUCGCGUGGUCUAAUUUUUACGCAGCAUCUAACACAGAACCAAGAAUAGAUUUCAAACAAUUUUUAUGGGAAGAGGGUCAUUUAUGGGGGAUUUGCUCUCUUAGGCCAUUCUUUCUUGUUGGUAUUCAUUAAUUCACUGUAAAACACUAGUCUUGCAGUCGGAUCUAAACUCACAGGAAAACAACCAGCUCAUAAACAUCCACUUCAUAUGAUAAUGACUUUGUUCCACGCAUUUGAUUGGUUCAGUAGAGCUGGGAUCUGACGUUGUGGAGAAGAUGACUUGAACUUCAGGCUCGUGAGUCAAAUUUAAUUUUUUCCCGUUCUUGUUUUACCAGAUAUCAUGAAAUUUAUUCUGACGUUAUUCCUGACCUGAGAAGUUCAACAAUCACAGGAAGGCAACAUUUCUUCUGGGGAGUUCAUGCAUGCACUCUAAGAUGA